AUGCCAUCACUGCCCCCGACACCCAAGUGCAAGAAGAAGAAGGUGUCGUUUGCAGUCUGGUGGGAGCUGUGCACAACUGAGGAGCAAAAAACGUCUGCUGAAAAUAUCGAACAGCAGGACGCUUCAUCAAUGACUGAAAAUGAAUCACUCGCCGAAGCACAGGAAUCAGUGGAUCAAAAAGGGGACAGACCGACACCUGAGAGUGAGUCCAAAGAGAUGAACAAGGUACCAUUUAAGACCUGGUCGGAGGAACACGUCCCCGUCGAUCAAGAGAUUUCUGCAGGAAUUAUUGCAAAGCAGAAUGAUUCACUGGUCAGGGAAGAAGAGUCAACCGCUGGAGUGCAGGAGACUAUUGAUAUUUCAGAGAAGAAACAGCCCUCAAAGUCUAAGGAACAGCCACCAACGACAAGGGGCAAAAAGAAGAAAAUGAUCCCAUUUCAUAUCUGGUUGGAGAAACACGCUCCUGCUGAUCUAAAGAUUUCAGCUGAAAGUUCUUAUCUACGGUCAGGCACCCAUCAAGAAGAAAUCCUGACUUUGACAUCACCAAAGGAGAACAACAAAAUGGAGAGAAACAGAAAGGUGACAGAGGAUGAAGAGUUGCUGCAGAGGACGGCUUUCGGGAAGGCCGAGUACAACAUGACCCAUUCGGAGAGAGUGAUGGACGACCUGACGUUUGGACGGCGGGUGGGAUUUUACGAGCUGAAGGGAGAAAUCGGUUCUGGUAACUUUUCGCAGGUUAGACUGGGAAUACAUGACUUGACUAAAGAGAGAGUAGCAGUGAAAAUCCUGGAUAAGGAGCGUCUGAGCAAACACACCCAAGCUCUCUUUGCCUCUGAGAUCACCUGCAUGGAGAGGCUUUCCCAUCCCAACAUAGUGCGCCUGUACGAGGUGGUGGAAACCUUCAAGCGGCUUUACCUGGUGAUGGAGUAUGCCAGCGGAGGGGAGCUGUUCACUAGAAUCACCACCAGGGGGCGCCUGUCGGACCUUGAAAGCAAGCUGGUGUUUUCGCAGGUUCUCUCGGCAGUCAAGCACAUGCAUGAUAAUAACAUUGUCCACAGGGACCUGAAGGCUGAGAAUGUGUUCUACACCCACACCUACUGCAUUAAAGUUGGGGAUUUUGGUUUUAGCACGUGUUGCUGCUCCAGUGAUAUACUCCACACAUUCUGUGGCUCUCCACCUUAUGCAGCACCUGAGAUUUUUAAAGAGAAAGGCUACAUUGGACGCUAUGCGGAUACUUGGGCUCUGGGUAUUUUGCUUUACUUCAUGGUGACCGCCACAAUGCCCUUUAAGGCAGCCACCACAACCCGGCUGAAGAUUUGCAUCCUGCAGGGUUCUUAUGCCAUUCCCUCAUACGUUUCCCGGUCCUGUCAGGAGAUCAUAAAGGGCCUCCUGAGGCCAGUUCCCGUAGACCGCCUCACCUUGGCACAGAUCAUGAUGAGUGACUGGAUGACAGGCAUCGAGUACCCUCAGGCCUACCCAGCCUCCAGACCUGCUCCGUCACACCUGGCCGACCAGAACCACGUCCUCACCUCAGAUGAUCUGAGCGUGAAAGUGGCGCUGGAGGAUCUUGGCAUCAGUGCGGUUCAUCUGCUCAACAACAGUCUCGACUUGAGAAGCCCUAUCACCGGGACUUAUCGGAUCGUGCUUCAUCGGAUCCAGAAGAGAAGAUCGACAGAGGCUGCGGGUUACAGUCGGACACGUAUGAGUGAGUCUCUAGACCGACUGAGGUGGAAAGCCGGGUCAGAGGGCCAUCUCUACAAGCGCCACUCUGUGGUCUGCGCCAUCAUGUAG